AUGGUGUUCGAACGGAAACUCGCAACCAAAUUGGAUCUUUCAAAGAUAAUACAUAACAUGAGCACCAAUGAUGCAAGUGUAAAUAUUUCAGUUUUUGAAAACAGAUCGUACUUUUUUCAGGGCGUUGAUUCUGAGCGGAAGUCCUGGCUAGAAUUGAAGAAGUUUCGACUAAGCUUUCUCGCCCUUCAAGAUGCGGCCAGAACGGAACGUCUCUACCAGGACGCCGAUGGCCGCAAUGUUUUAGCCACUUUCGAGAGAAUUCGCCGAGAAAUUGAAGAUAUUCAGUACCUAUCAAUGCUUAAGGUAAAUAUUGUUAUAGUAAAAAAAAUUUAAAAAAAUAAAAACACGUAUUUAAGCCGAGACUCCGCGUGCAGCCUGUGGUCAGUUACAACAGAUCGAGUUCCCACAAGACCAGAGGCGGCAAAAUCGAGUUCACAACUCGUAAAAACAGGAUGGUGACCGUCGUUCUGACUCUUAAAGAUCAACCUCGUGAGGCAAUGAUUCUGGAAAGUAAUUUCAGCCUUGCAAAAAGUUCCAGCGUCGCAAGCCUUCUCGAAUUCAAAGCGCAGUCAGCUCAUCAAACUGGAAGUGAAUGUCAAAUUUUCACCUGAAAACGGCGCAAGGCUCAAAGAGCAGUUCAAGUAAUUCAGAAACUACUCAGAGGAAUUUACAGUACACAACACCUUUCUUCCAGUCAGGCAUUGCACGCUGGAAAGCUGUUCCUCGACUUCAUCACCGACUGCUUGUGGCCUAUUCUCGAUGCUCAGGAUAAGCUUGACAGAGAAAAACUGAUCCAAGAGAAGGAAAUGAAAGAGAAGAAGCUGAGCGAGAAUCAGAUGGCCGUGGAGAAAACGACGGCACAGCUGAAGAAAAUGGAAAUGAAGAAACCGGAGAAAUCGGGAGCAGGCAGGGAACCGAGAGAAUCGAGGGCUCCUUGCCGACUCAUGGACGUGCCGCAGUUUGACAAAACACGCCUACCGCCAGCACAUCUACCAGGGAUCAAUAACGAUCGUAACGGAUUCAGAGGAACGGCAAGAACGAGCAACGAUUCUCGGAACGGCAGCGGAGGACCAAGCGUCGCCGGAGGAGCUUUCACCAGUUCCGGAGCCGGCAGAGUUCCAACAGGCAACAAAGGUUGGUGCCAAAUCCGAAAAAGACAAAGAGUACGCUGCAUAAUUCAGGCCCUGAUAGACCUGGAGCGGGAUUCGGCGCACCCAACCGCAACUACCAGAACCACAACCACGAGUCGGAAGGACUGGGAAGACGCGGGGCACCGAGAGGCCGUGGAAGCGAGGCGAACAACUGGCGCCGCCUACAUAAUGCCGGCCGCUCCUGA